CGCUAAAUUUGGCGAGGACGCAAAACGUGUUUCAAGUUCAACGCACGACCUAGCCAAUCCAAUCCAGUAAAUAAACGAGCAUCAUAGCGAGCAUGGCUGACGUUCCUGCAGACGCACCGGCAUGCUGCCCAGGCACGGGAAGUAACUUGGCGGGCAAGGCAGCGCCAUGCGCAGGAUGCCCCAAUCAACGUCUCUGCGCGUCAGGUGAAACUAGGGGUCCUGACCCAGACGUUGCCGUGAUAGCUCAACGCCUGUCAACGGUAAAGCACAUACUUCUCGUGCUCUCGGGCAAAGGGGGCGUCGGAAAGAGCAGCGUCACUUCCCUGCUGGCCAGUGGAUUGGCUCUCUCGGACAAGGAGCCCAAUGUCGCAGUCUUGGAUGUCGACAUCUGCGGCCCAUCGCAGCCGAGAAUAUUGGGCCUAGAAGGAGAACAGGUCCACCAGAGUGCUUCUGGCUGGUCUCCAGUGUACAUGGAGGACAACCUGUCACUCAUAUCCGUCGGCUUCCUCACUGCUCCCGAGGACGCCGUCAUCUGGAGGGGACCUCGCAAGAACGGAAUGAUAAAGCAGUUCCUUCGAGAUGUGGACUGGGGUGAGCUGGACUACUUGCUGGUGGACACACCGCCAGGAACCUCCGACGAGCACCUCAGCUUGGCGCAAUACCUCAAGGACUGCAACCUUGACGGCGUCGUACUAGUCACAACACCACAGGAGGUGUCACUGCAGGAUGUUCGCAAGCAGGCAGGCUUCUGCCGCAAGAUGGGCCUGCGAAUCUUGGGCGUUCUUGAAAACAUGCGUGGCUUUGUUUGCCCCAAAUGCCAGGUGCGCAGUGAAAUCUUCCCUCCCAGCACCGGAGGUGCAGCUGCCCUGUGCGAAGAAUUAGACUUGCCUUUUCUCGGGUCACUGCCCCUUGACCCACGAAUUGCCAAGGCGUGCGAUGAGGGAAAAUUGUUCCUGCGAGAGCAUCCCGAUUCUCCAGCAGCAGUUGCAUGCACGGAAAUUGUUCAGAAGCUUUCCACUGUACUGACGACCUGACUCGACAAAGCUUCAGUAGCAACUACCUGAUCAUGAUAUCAGAAGCUGUACCGAAUGGCAGUUGUGUGCAUAGGCAUACAUGUUCCUUGUUGUGAUGUUUGCAAAGACGUGCAGCAAUGAUAAGAUAAACAUUCAGAAUUUCAUAGGCAAUGGCGGGAAAUAUUCAGGAUGAACUUUCCUGACUGUUCCAAGUUUUUGACAAAUCAAGUUUACCAUUCGAUGCGUCUUGACAUUUUUAAGGUACGAAGUGAUUGUCAAUACAGUGCAGCCCACUUAUGAUGGAAAGUAACAGAAUUUGAUUGUUAUAACCUUAUAUCUAGGCCAAUUUUAUUCACCUUCAGUAUACUACUUAUAACACAAUGCCCAUUGUUGUACCCAGUAAAUGUCGUAGGUGGUAUUAUUGUACUUAAGUGGACUGCACUGUAUAGUUGUAAACCGUCGAAGACCGUUUGAUAUGUUUCAUACAGCAGACUAUAAGCCAACGUCUGGAUAGUUGAGCUGCAACACUUCACAGUGUACACAGGCUGCAGCCCCCUGCCAAAAGAAACAUGUUGGCCCGUUUUGUGAAUACAUGUAUAUUUGUAGAAUACGUUAUACACGACAUAUUUUCUUAUUGUACAUCGCUGAUAUACAAUAAAAGUACUCAUUUCGCACCCA